AUGGAGUUAAAGGUUCAGUCUCUCCGUGUGGCCGAACAACCUGGGCAGAAAGAGAAGGACUAUGCGCAAGCCAUGGCUCAUGAAUUAGAAGAUUUGGAGCAAUCCAAACUCGAUGCUUAUAACCUAAUGCAGGCACAAAAGCAGAUCGCGGCGAAGGCCUACAACAGGAAGGUGAAGCAAAAGACUUUCGCCAAAGGCGACUUGGUAUGGCGUGUCAUGCUUCCUAUCGGGACUAAGGACCCUUGGUUCGGCAAAUUCUCACCCAAUUGGGAAGAGCCGUUUAUUAUCGAACGAAUUCUUGGCCGAAGUGCAUUUCAGUUGAGAGAUAGGGAUGGAGAAUGA